AUGCAUCUCAGGAAGCUGCUCGCUUUAGCCGCUUCUUUGAGCCACUCUGCUCUCGCUCAGAGCAAAGGUGGUGUCGAUGAUCUCGAUGGCCCCGGCCGAGACCUUUAUGAGAAAGAUCUUUCUUCAUGCCCUGGUUAUAAGGCCACAAGUCACCGCAGUACCAAGUCCGGCUUCUAUGCAGACUUGUCACUCGCAGGGAAGGCUUGCAAUGUCUUCGGAAUCGACCUUCCAGACUUGAAAUUGGAGGUCGAGUAUCAGACUAGCAACCGACUUCACGUCAAGAUCUCUGAUACCAACAAUACGGUUUAUCAGGUUCCAGACGAGGUUUUCCCACGGCCUGGAUUUGGCCAAUGGUGUUCAUCCGGGGACAGCAACCUCAAGUUCGACUUCAAGGCUGACCCCUUCUCAUUCACUGUCUCCCGUACCGAUAACGACGAGGUCCUUUUUGAUACCACUGGCACCAAGCUUGUAUUUGAGAGCCAAUAUGUCUACCUGAAAUCCCACCUGCCGCAGAAUCCACACCUGUACGGUCUGGGUGAGCACAGCGACUCGUUUAUGCUUAACACGACGAACUAUACGAGGACGAUAUACACCCGCGAUGCGUAUGGAACUCCUCAGGGGGAGAAUCUAUACGGUGCUCACCCAGUCUACUUCGACCACAGGAAGAGUGGUACCCAUGGAGUGUUCUUGCUUAAUUCAAAUGGCAUGGAUAUUUUCAUCGACAAUGAGGGUGGCCAGUAUCUCGAGUACAACAUUAUCGGUGGUGUCCUCGAUUUCUACUUCGUCGCUGGUCCAUCUCCACGAGAGGUCGCCACCCAGUAUGCCGAGAUUACACAGUUACCGUUGAUGACCCCCUACUGGGGACUCGGCUUCCAUCAAUGCAAGUAUGGAUACCAGGAUGUAUAUGAGGUUGCCGCGGUUACUGCCAACUACUCAUCUAACAACAUUCCUCUUGAGACAAUCUGGACCGACAUUGAUUACAUGGACCGCCGUCGCAUCUUUACCAUUGACCCAGAAAGAUUCCCAGCAAACCUAUACAAGGAUCUCGUUGACACAGUUCACGCACGAGACCAGCGAUACAUAGUUAUGGUUGACCCUGCCGUCUUCUAUGAAGAGUCAAACCCGGCGCUCGAUGCAGGUCUCAAAUAUGACAUCUUCAUGAAGGAAAGCAACGGAUCGUUAUAUGAUGGUGUUGUUUGGGCUGGACCUAGUCAUUUCCCUGACUGGUUCCACCCUGAGUCCCAGAAAUACUGGUCGGAACGUUUCGUGGACUUUUUCGAUGGAACCAAUGGCCCAGACAUUGAUGCACUAUGGAUCGAUAUGAAUGAACCCGCCAAUUUCUUCAAUCGGCCUUAUCCAGGAAAUAAUACCACACCUGAGAACUUUGCUAAGGUGGAUGGUGACCCCCCAGCCGCCCCACCAGUGAGAGAUGGUCCAGAUGCUCCAAUCCCUGGAUUUCCCGAGAGUCUUCAGCCAAAGGAUUCUUCAACCCAUGAAUCCGAAAAGCGCUCCACAGCUGUAAUCGAAACCUCUCGCACUCACUCCCACUCGCGUCGCAACCGCGGUGCAGGUCAUUGGCGUUCCAACAAGCACCAUGAUGAUUCUAGCCAUUCUGGUGCUGGCUGGCAGAACGGCAAGAAAACAGGUUCUGGCUGUGGGCCAAAUGAAUGCAAAGGGCUUCCCAACCGGGAGCUUAUUCGCCCUCCGUAUAUGAUUCAAAAUGGUGCAGGACCAACACUUGCUGAUAGCACAGCGGAUACCGAUGUGGUGCAAAGUGGGGAAUACGUCCAGUAUGACACUCACAAUAUUUAUGGUGCUAUGAUGUCUUCGCAUUCUCAUAAUGCCAUGCGUGCUCGUCGUCCAGAUGACCGUGCUUUGGUUAUUACGAGAAGCACGUUUGCCGGCUCAGGCAAAGAUGUGUCCCAUUGGCUUGGAGAUAAUAUCUCUGGAUGGGACUGGUACCGUUACUCAAUCAGCCAGAUCAUGCAAUUCGCAGCCUUGUACCAGAUUCCAGUCGUAGGCGCUGAUGUUUGCGGUUUCGGUGGAAACACGACAGAGAAUCUUUGUGCUAGAUGGGCAACACUUGGGUCUUUCUAUACAUUCUUCCGCAACCACGCCGAGAUUACGUCGAUCGGCCAAGAAUUCUACCGCUGGCCAAAGGUUGCCGAAGCUGCCCGAAAUGGAAUCUCUAUCAGAUACCAGCUUCUUGAUUAUAUUUACACCGCCAUCUACAAGCAAAACCAGACUGGUUCCCCCACGCUUAACCCCCUCUUCUUCAAUUACCCGAAUGACCCCAACACUUAUCCCAUCGACUUGCAGUUCUUCUACGGCGAUGGUAUCUUGGUCAGCCCCGUCACUGAAGAAAACAGCACAAGUGUGAACUACUAUCUGCCCAACGAUAUCUUCUACGAGUGGAGUACCGGCAAGCCAGUUCGUGGCCGUGGAGAAUAUGUCUCCACCGAAGUGGGCUACACAGACAUCACACUCCACUAUAAGGGUGGCGUGAUUUACCCACAGCGCAUCGAGAGUGCCAACACAACGACUGCUCUCCGCAAGAAGGGAUUCAACAUCGUUGUUGCACCUGGCUUAGAUGGUCGUGCAGAGGGAUCUCUCUAUCUCGAUGAUGGCGAGUCGAUUAUCCAGGAUGCCGUAUCUGAAAUUGAUUUUUCAUAUGCGAAUCACAAGCUUCGCAUGAGUGGCUCGUUCGAGUAUAAGCCUGGUGUCAAUAUUGAGGCUAUCACUAUUCUUGGUGUCGAGUCGAAGCCUAGGGGGAUUAAGAAUGCGGACUAUGAUGUGAAGAAUAAGAAGCUCGUACUCCAUGUCGAUGUGCCAUUGACGGGUAAGUACGAGAUCAAAACCGCAUGA